GAAAAAAUUGUUGAGCAUCACCCUCUCGGGUUUGAACCAUGUCUUUGUCGAUAUCUAGCACCUGUUCUCCGCUUUCAUGGCGAAACUGCAGUCACCGAACUCCUAAAAUCACAACCCCUGCCGCAUUUUUCCGCCAUGGGUGCAGGAGCACUAAUCAAACAGCCCUUCAAUUCAACUCUUCUGCACCAGAUUCUUUGUUUACCCAACGAUUUGGGUUCUGCAUUUCUGGGGCCAAAUUGGGAUUUCGUGUGAAAGCUGAGAACAGUGGAGGAGAGAUAAAGAUGAGUGAGGAAGAAAAAUUGGAAGAAUUGAGGGGGAAGAGUACAAUGCCUGAUAGGUUUAGGCACUUGACUAAGGAAGCUCCUUCUCCCCCUCUUCGUUGGCCUUGGUUUGUAGCGCUGGCAUUUCUCAUCUAUGCAUGGAGAUCAGUCCUGUGGGAACUUUCUAAUUGGCGGAAGCUGUUAUUGGGCAUUUUUCAGUUUGUUGGAUACCUAUCAAAACUUGUGCUGGCGUUUAUAUUCCAUUUUAUAGGUGACCCAAUCACGUACACUGUUCUCUUUGUUGAGUCUACAGUUUAUGCCAUCCACUCCUUUUACUCCAGUAUAGUGACGUCUGCUCCAAUACCACAAUUAACCUUUAUCAUUAUGCUCGCUUCUACUGUACUGGCGAUUGGAGAAGCAGCUUCUCCAGACUCAAUAAAGUGUCAACCAUAUCUUCUUACUGCAGCUGGAAUCAUUGGUUAUGGAGCAGUGAGAGGUUUCAUCACUGAACCAGUCUUCUUGUUGAUGCUUGUUGGACUCUUCAGCUAUUCCCGAUUUUUGAAGAAAAGGGACAAUGUUUGUUCUGCAUUACCUAUUGCAACUGUACUGGCCUCUGUCGGUGAGCCGUGGGUUAGAAUUAUGGCAAUCAUCUCAUUUACAGCAUUGGCUAUUUAUCACCAUUCAAAGAAUCUUAAACAAGUAAAUGAAGUAUCUGAAGUCACUUCCUUCAGAGGAAAAGUUCCACUUCCUUUGUUGGGUGUCGCAUUAGCCAUUGGAAUCCGUGUUGCUGCUAAGUGGGCUGGUUAUCGCCAUUUGACAUGGAUGAUUAUAUAGUUUAUGUGGAAGAAAUUUCUAUGAUAUUGGCUUUACAGAGUUAUGGCUUAAUUGACCUAGUCUGAAGGUCCAUUGUUGCCAUUUUUCUCAAGAUUACAGCCUUGAUCCCUCUGGCUAUAUUAUGGUUGUAUAUGUUGACAUUUGUAGCUUUUUUUUAAUAGGCAAUUUUGUAGUAAAAUAGUAGGCUAAUACAUUGCUUAGUGUAUAAUUUGAUUUGUUUGUCAAGGAAGAAUAUGUAUUAUUUUUCCUA